GCCUGAGCGGAUGAACAGCGAGGACCUGGUCCCUGACCGCCGUGCCCCUGGCUCCGCCCCGCCGCGGGAGCGCAGGACCCGCCCCUUCCGCCCGGCCGCCCUGAAAUAAUCGCUAGGAAGGCCUCUGUAGCCAUGGCGAGUUCUGAUGUGAAACCGAAAUCAAUAAGUCGCGCCAAGAAGUGGUCAGAAGAAAUAGAAAACCUGUAUAGAUUUCAGCAAGCAGGCUAUCGGGAUGAGAUCGAAUAUAAACAAGUGAACCAAGUUGCUAUGGUAGACCGUUGGCCAGAGACAGGAUACGUGAAGAAACUUCAGCGGAGGGACAAUACUUUCUAUUACUACAACAAACAGAGGGAAUGUGAGGACAAGGAAGUCCACAAAGUGAAAAUUUAUGCAUACUGACCUUUUCAUUACUUUGGCUUGGCAAUCCUAUUUUAAGAAUUCAUUGUUUACACUUUCCAUCAUGUAAAUGCCAUUUUACAAAACAA